AUGAGAUUCUUCAACUUCGUCGCCAUCUCUUCCCUCUUCGCCACCUCCUUGGCAGCCCCCGCCACUCAGGGCGAGGUCAGCAUCGUCAAGGCCCGCGAUGUCCCCGCCGUUGAGCUCAACGUAGUCGAGGCUCGCACCGCUCAGAUCGUCUGCGGCAAGCUCCAGACCUCCCUCAUCGAUGUCCGCAAGCACACUUCCGCCAUCAACGCCACCGUCACCGGUGUCUGCAGAUCUUGCGUCGCCCAGCAGAAGGCCAACAUCAUCAAGUCCGUCAAGGGCGAGGUCACCCUGAUUGUCGGCGUCAUCCACUCCCUCACCGGUGAAGUCUGCGGCCUCCUGUCCGGAAGCGUCGAGAUUCUCGCCGAGGAGAAGCAGCAGAUCAUUUCCCUUGUCUUUGAGCUCAUCUUCGAGCUCCUCUGCACUCUCAAGCGCGUCCUGGCUCUUCUUGGCUGCAACGUCUUUGAGCUCCUCGGUCCCCUCAUCUUCACCCUCCUCACCGUCGUCGGCCACCUCCUCUGCACCCUCAACGUUCUCGUUGACGGCCUUCUCAAGCUUGUCUUCGGCCUCCUUGGCGGUGUCAUUGGCCUGCUCCUUGAGGUUCUCAAGGGUCUCCUCCCCACCGUCCUCGGUAUCUGCGGCGGCGUCCUUGGCAAGCUCAACCUUAGCAGCCUCCUCUGCGGCUUCCUCGGCAGCAUCUUCUAA